AUGGACUAUAGUUUGCUCUCUACGCCGCCAUCGUGUUGCGCCGACUUUGCUCUUGUUCCUGUACGGGCUCCUCUAAUUCUUGGGCGACCAGUGCCCAUCAUGCCCUUCCGUAAGGAUGAAAACGGCGCUGAUUCCAGAAUACAGAUUGGGACAGGCAACCCGUCGAUCGCCGCCGAGCUCGCAGAGGUGCAGCGAUAUCUCAAGUCUAGUGGGCUAAAGCACACAAUGUACUCCACUGGCACCAUGCUCGAAGGUAGCUGGGACGAAGUCAUGACGGUGAUCGGUAAAGCACAUGCCGUGGUUCAUCAGCGUAACGUGGCAAGGGUUCAGUCGACGGUGACUGUCAGCACCAGGACUGAUAAGAGGGAGACGGCGGAGGGCAAGGUAGACCCGGUCGAGAGUGCAGCCUGAGAACGGACAGUUUUGAACUUAGGAAGGAAUCAUAAGGAAAGGGUGGCGACCUCGAAUUAGAUGCUGAUGGUCAGCUUAAUCGUACGGCUUAUGUCGUUUCCAUUUUCCUUGAAAGCGAGGAUGAAAGUUGCCGAGUGGGCUGCACACAGAAAGUAGUUGGAGGCGGCCUUGGCGACUGAUAAAACAAAAAUGGGUUGACUGUGUUGUUCUUCUAAGUUAUAUAUGUCCGAGAGGAG